CCCGCCGCUCAGUUUCGUUUCCUCGCGGGCUUCGGGCGGUCGUUCGUCUUCCGCGGCCGCCGUCCCAGCGCGUCCUUUCCCGUCCCGCAGGAGCGCCAUGGCGGAGCUGGUCCCCCUGGCCGAGGAGCUGUCGUGCUCCAUCUGCCUGGAGCCCUUCAAGGUGCCGGUCACCACCCCGUGCGGCCACAACUUCUGCGGCUCGUGCCUGGACGAGACGUGGGCCGUCCAGGGCCCGCCGUAUCUGUGCCCGCAGUGCCGCGCCGUCUACCACGCGCGGCCGCAGCUGCGCAAGAACACGGUGCUGUGCGCGGUGGUGGAGCAGUUCCUGCAGGCCGAGCAGGCCUGGGCGGCGCCCCCACCCCCCGACGGCUGGAAGCCGCCCGCUCGCGCCGCCGCGCCCAGCCCGGCGGGCCCGGUGGCCUGCGACCACUGCCUGAAGGAGCCCGCCGUCAAGACGUGCCUGGUGUGCAUGGCCUCCUUCUGCCAGGAGCACCUGCAGCCGCACCUCGACAGCCCCGCCUUCCGGGACCACCAGCUGCAGCCCCCCGUCCGGGACCUGAUGCGCCGCAAGUGCCCCCAGCACAACCGGCUGCGGGACUUUUUCUGUCCCCAGCAUGACGAGUGCAUCUGCCACAUCUGCCUGGUGGAGCACAAAGCCUGCUCGCCUGCGUCCCUGAGCCAGGCCAGCGCCGACCUGGAGACCAAGCUGAAGCAUAAGCUGACUGUCAUCUACAGCCAGAUCAACGGUGCCUCGAGGGCGCUUGAGGACGUGAGAGCCAGGCAGCAGGAUGUGCGGGAGGCUACAAAUCGGAAGAUGGAGCAGCUUAGACAGGAAUACAUGGAAAUCAAGGUGCUCAUUGAUGCCGCAGAGGCCACCUCCACACGGAAGAUAAAGGAAGAGGAGAAGAGGGUCAAUACCAAGUUUGACAACAUUUACCAGAUCCUUCUCAAGAAGAAGAGUGAGAUCCAGGCUCUGAAGGAGGAAGUUGAACUUGCCCUGAACAAGGGGGACGAGUUUGAGUUUCUGGAGAAAGGGAUAAAACUGCAAGGUGUCUCCACAAAGCCAGUCUACGUCCCCAAGGUGGAGCUGAAUCAGGAGCUGAUAAAGGGUGUCUCUCAGGGCACCUCAGACCUCAAAGAUGAGCUGAAGCGGUAUAUCAGGCAGGCCCAGGACAAGAAGCCCGAGGAACCCACCGGCUCAGGGAACCCCGGAGAGCAUGGCCCAGCAUCUACGCCCAAACCCAUACACUUUGCAAAAAAGUUCCCGAAAGAAGAAAAGAGACCCAAGAAACCUCCCCCUGCCUCUGCCUCAGCCACCAAGAUGCCCACCUUCGGAGCCCCGGAAGAGUUACUGGAACCAAAGCAGGCCGGCCUGGAGAGUGUAGGCAAGGCCACCACCACGCAGCUGAAUGCGGCGGCCCUCAAGGCCAAGGUGCUGGAGACCUUCUUAGCCAAGUCCAGGCCCGAGCUCCUGGAGUAUGCCGUUAAAUUCAGCCUGGACUACAACACCGCCCACAACAAGGUGGCGCUGUCGGAGAACUACAGUGUCGCCUCUGUGGCCGACUCACCCCUGAACUACCAGCCGCAUCCCAAGAGGUUCGUGUACUGCUCUCAGGUGCUGGGCCUGCACUGCUACAAGAAAGGGAUCCACUACUGGGAGGUGGAGCUGCAGAAGAGCCACUUCUGUGGGGUGGGCGUCUGCUACGGCAGCAUGCCACGCCAGGGCCCCGAGAGCCGGCUCGGCCGCAACAGCGCCUCGUGGUGCGUGGAGUGGUUCAACACCAAGAUCUCUGCGUGGCACAACAACGUGGAGAAGACACUGCCCUCCACCAAGGCCACGCGGGUCGGUGUGCUUCUCAACUGUGACCAUGGCUUCGUCAUCUUCUUUGCCGUCGCCGAAAGGGUCCACCUGAUGUAUAAGUUCAAGGUGGACUUCACGGAAGCCCUGUACCCGGCCUUCUGGGUGUUCUCUGCUGGUGCCAUGCUCUCCAUCUGCUCCUACAAGUAGGCAGGCCCCGACGCGGGCCUCUGCAGGCCCCAGACUGUGGGGGGCAGAGCUGCAGGGGGACCUCUGAGGGACCAGGGGUUGAGAGUGUGGGAGGGGACCUGGUGGGAGGCGGGGGCCGGGGGAUGGGGU